AUGUCUUUUGUGCCAAACGAAAACUCCCACGAUGCCAGACCUCGAACUUUGAAGUCUACCCGCGCUGCUCUGAAUAAUGUAACCAACACCACCGUUGCACAGGAAGCGAAAACCUCGAAUACAGGUGCUCGUUCGUUGGGAAAAGCGCUACGCACCGCCAGGUACCGACUGCAAAAUGCCAAAUCGGCCGGUUCUUUGAUCCCACAAGCUAGACGUGAAGACACGGAGCAAGAGGGCUCGUCAGCAACUUCCAAGAAUGCAAAUCGGUCCAGCAUGAGCUCCAUAAGCUCCACAAAUGUCAUCAGUGCUAAUUCAUCAGAGAUUGACAAGGAAAACAUGGAUCCAUACGUCACGAAACUACCCAGCAUUGACGAAGAACAACAGCUGUCCCAACCGCAAUCGAUAUCGAAUUCCAAUGACAUGCUCAAUUACAGUACGAACCAAACAAUGCUCAAGGACUCAGACCACAGUAGUGUGAUGCAAACAGAAAUUCCAAACAGUAUAGAUCAGGAGCACGUCAAUGAACAAAACCCGGAUGAGCUAGCAGAAGCGCUUAGUGAUGUGAGCAAGAAAAGACCAAUAUCAACCGUUGUGGAACACGACGACCCUAAAAAGUUCAAAGUUUGUGCCAAGGGAACCGAAUACGAAUGGGAAGAUCUCGAUGCCGAAGACGCCAGUGACCCGUUUAUGGUCAGCGAAUACGUCACGGAUAUUUUCGAGUAUCUACACAAACUGGAAAUUAUGACAUUGCCCAACCGCCAUGAUCUUUACAAACAUAGUAACAUUCGUCAAAACAGAGAUAUCCUGGUGAACUGGAUGGUCAAAAUCCACAAUAAAUUCGGUCUUCUUCCGGAAACACUCUACCUUUCUUUGAAUAUCAUGGACAGGUUUCUCUGCAAAGAGCUAGUACAAUUAGAAAAAUUACAACUAGUAGGCACUGCGUGUCUUUUCAUCGCAUCCAAAUACGAGGAAGUUUACUCGCCCAGCGUCAAGCAUUUCGCAUACGAAACCGAUGGCGCCUGCGAUGAAGAUGAGAUAAGAGAAGGUGAAAAGUUCAUUUUGAAAACACUUGAGUUCAACCUCAACUAUCCCAACCCAAUGAAUUUUCUGAGAAGGAUUUCGAAGGCUGAUGAUUACGAUAUACAAUCCCGAACGCUGGCGAAAUACCUUUUGGAAAUAUCAGUGGUUGAUUUCAGGUUUAUUGGGGUUUUACCGUCCCUGUGUGCUGCAACGGCAAUGUUUCUUUCAAGAAAGAUGUUAGGGAAGGGAAAAUGGGAUGGAAAUCUGAUCCACUACAGCGGCGGUUACACAAGAGAAGAGCUUGCACCAGUGUGCAACAUGGUUAUGGACUAUCUGGUUCAGCCUGUGAUCCACGACGAAUUUUUCAAGAAAUACGCAUCUAGAAAGUUCAUGAAAGCAUCAGUGAUCUCGAGACAGUGGGCCAAAAAGGUUGUUGCUCACGGUUACGAUAUCAUGACUUUGCAUGAAACCUCAGAGUGA